AUGGACUCUAAAGAAUCCAGGUCGGAGGAUGAAGAGAAGGACUGUGGGCAUUUUCGUUGGAUUGACCCACGGCUAUUGAAUAAGUGGUAUAACGAAAUAAUGUAUGAAUUAGGAGUUGUUGCUAAUGGGGGUGUAGUUCCUUUCAAUAACUCUGUUAAUGAAGUUGAAAUACCUGUUGAUGGCCCUAUUUCCCCUGUGAAUGCCCUUGAACCUAAUAAUCAAAUUGAAAUGCUUGAGAAUACACAUGUGCCUGCUAAUGAACUUGGAUUUUGGAAGUGGAUGAUGGUUUGUUUCGUUUGUUUCAUUGUAGGGAUGAUGUAUGGUUAG